AUGGUUCCCCCUCCCCCUAUUUGUUUUGCUGGUGUUCUGUAUGCGAACGCGGAGGAUGACAUUGCAAACCAGGUGAGCGAGUGGAAGUAUGUGGUGGAAGUGGAAUUCUGGGAAGAUGAUGAGGCUACGACAUGCCAACUGUUAAAUAAGGUACAAAUGGAAAUAGUUAAAAAGAAUGCUAAAGAUCCUGAAAAUCUUGAUGAAAUACAAAAAUCUUUAAUUGAAAAUAUUGGAAGUUUUGUGAAAGCUAUGUCUCCAACUGGAAAUUUUUUCAAGGGAGACUCAUUUUCAUUUGUUGAUAUAAUGGCGUUUCCAUGGUUGCAAAGGCUGGAAGUUUUGAAACAUUAUAAAAAUUUUGAAAUACCAUCUGAUAUUGAUUGGUAUCCUCGGUUCCAGAAAUGGCUGACUGCUUGUACUGAAAGGGAGAGUGUAACACCUACUAUUCCUGAUAUGAAGAAAUUAAUUCCACUCUACAAACGUUAUGUGAACACAAAGUAA